AUGACGAUGAUGUCGAAUCUUCCAAGGGAUUUGGUAGAGGAGAUUCUCUCUAGACUUCCUUUGAAAUCUACUAGAGCUAUGCGGUUAACUUGCAAAAACUGGAACGCCUUAUCAAAAAGCCAAAGCUUUACAAAGAUACACAUUGAUAAAGUAGCAGUAACAAGGGAAGAGGAGUCUCAGAUGAUUGUGAUGAUGGAUAACACUGUUUAUCUAAAGAGCGCCGUCGUCAACGGCAUCCACGUUGACUUAUCCAAAGAGCCUAAAGGUAAACUUACUUGCCUUGACGAACAAGUCAAGAUAUCUUACUUUCUUCACUGCGAGGGUUUAUUGUUAUACGUCUUGGGAGACGACGAUUCUAGGCUUGUGGUUUGGAAUCCGUAUUUGGGGCAAACCAGGUCGAUCACACCUAGAUCAUAUUACCACAACCGGGAAAUGUACAAUGCAGCCAACCACUUUGCGUGGUAUGAAAUCUACGAUUUUGACUCUGAUUCAUGGACGACUCUUGAUGUCACUCCAAAGUGGCGCAUAUCAUCUUGUAAUCGUGGUGUUUCUCUCAAGGGUAACACCUACUGGUGUGCUAGAAGACAUCAUUCACAUUACUUAAUAUGUUUUGAUUUUACAUGCGAGAGAUUUGGGUCGCUUCUGCAUCUGCCGCAAACCAAUUGCAUUGGAGACUCUGUGAACCUUUCUUGUGUAGGAGAAGAGAAGCUUGCGGCUUUAGUUCAGUUCACCGACUCAAACAAGACUGAGAUAUGGAUUACUACUAAGAUUGAGGCGGAAGAGGUGUCGUGGAGCAAGUUCUUGACUCUAGAUCAGGGACCAGUCGUUUACAAUCCGGAUUUAUUCAUUAAUGGGAGUUUCUUGAUUAACAAGGAGAAGAAAGUCACCUUGGUUUUUGAUACAAAUGGCUUUAAUCGCUACACAGUUUUCAUCGUUGGAGAGACUGGAUACAUUAGGGAAGUGGAUUUUGGAGAACCCGAAUACAGAUAUUAUUAUUCGCGCCAUGUGUCCUCUUAUGUUCCAAGUUUAGUGCAAAUCAAGCAACCUCAAGGAGGCAAAAGGAAGAGACAAAGCGAUUUAGAAAUGCUCCGAUAUGAUGAAAAAAGGUUGAAACUUGUCGCACUUGAAAAGAAAACCAAGAAACCAUUUCGAGGCUUCCGCCAAAAGAGAAGACAGAUAGCAUGUAUGGGGAGUAGAAGAUGGAGAUGA